AUGAGCGAGAAUUUUGCCGAUGGUAUUGCCAAUGGGCCAAUUUCGCUCAGUAUAGCGUCAAGCACUAUAGAUCUCAAGAGAAAGCGCCUGAACAGCACUGCUUCCCUAGCUAUAUCAAGGGAGCCUAGUGUGUCAUUCCAUGUCGGCAGCGAAUUGCGACAGACCCCUCAGUCUUCAUUCCUAUCAUACGUAUGGGGCACUGGCCUUGACUCUGAUUGCGCAUCGUGUGGAAAGCAUUUCCCUCCUGAUGGUGAACCUCCGAUACGAACCAUAGCCGCCGGGAACAGAAACUCACAACCAUCUGUCAUUGAUAUCACUCAGGAGCCAUUAUCGCCAUGGAAUCUCAGAAUACUUAACAGACACCUCUCCUGUAUAAAAGCUAACAAGGUCACCUAUGUCCCCAUUUCUCAUGCCUGGCACCCCAUGGUGGCCACUGCGCAGGACCUUCAUCUAGAGAGCAUCGACGCUUCCAGGCUGGUUUACCAAAUACCACUCAGGACUCUCCUGGCCCUUACAGCCAAAUUCCCCAGUACCGAAAUCUGGCAUGACUACCUAAGCGUCCCGCAAUGGCGCCCUGAGGUUCAGGGACGGCUCCUCCUUUCGAUACCGGAGAUAUAUAACCAUGCCGCGAAAACUGUGAUCCAUCUGGACGACGUCGGGGCAACCCAUCUCUUGGGCCAGGUUAAGGAUUCUCCCUACGACAAAUUCAUCAUCGACUUUGCGGCCAUUAUUCGGUCUCGAUGGUUUGACCGCAUGUGGGUGGCACUAGAGUACAUUCAGAGUAACGAUGUAAUUAUCCUUACGGAGGAUUACAAGAUAUGUGAUGCCUAUGCCAGGGAAAUAUGUCAUCAAUUAGACACUGCGCACUCAAAAUGGAUUAAAAAGCGAAGCAAUUCGACAGUCACAGAGGACAUCUGGAAGCAAAAUACAACUUUAAAAAGAAUGACUUCAUGGAUAGAUAUGGAGGCAUGGAAGAAUGAGCACGAUAUGCAUCGAACUCUUGGGUGGGCAAUCGGAAUACUAGGUCACCGGAAGUGUCAGUAUACAAGAGAUUACUUCUUGGCUCUAGGGAAGAUGCUUGACUUUCGACCGGAACAAGAUCCUCUCGUUCUCAUCGAGAACCGCUUCGAAUACUUCUUUUCUCUGGCAACAUUUGCGCUACAGGAGGGUGACUACUCGCCCCUAUUGUUCAUCCCGUCACUAGGUGAAGACUCGGACCCCCGAGCACCGUGGCUACGUGGACACACGACGGGGACGUGGAAGCUCUGGGACAUGGGCAGAUGCCACAGGAAGGCGACUUCCCAGCCAAUCAUUCGAGACAGCAUGAUCCAGCCUCAACUCCAGACGGUUGGCGUCAUUGAAAGCUUUGAGUACUACGACUUUGGAGGAGAUGCGGAAUCGGUCAUGGACUAUGUUGUAUCCAAGGUGGUCCGGGCAAGCGGCCGGGAUGCGCAAGCUCUAUGUGAGGCUGUGGAUCGCAUAUUCCCUCGGAACGAAGAGAAAGCCGUAAACAUGGAAUGGAAAGACUCAAAACAAGAAGAUGUCUCUUCUUUGGUAUCGAGGUAUGAUUUGGACAAGAUACAGGGGCUCCUAGAAAAGUACGGGCCGUUGCUAGACAUGACACCAGAGCAAGAGAUAACUCAGCAGAGGUUCAAGAUUGCGAAGAAGCUCAUCAGAGCCUUGAAGCUGAGCAAGGAAGGCAAGCACGCAAGAGAGUCACGCCUAGAGCUUGCAGCCGGAGAAGCAGACUGGUUCCUGCGAGAGUACGGGACGCCAAUGGAAGGUAUCAGUCAGAUCAGAUGUAAGAUUUGUGGGCGGUGGUCUGUGUUCCGACUGGUCAUGUGGGGGGAGCCUACCCCGGACGUGGCCCAAGUCUAUAGAAUUCCUGGUCUGCUUUAUGAUGAGAAUGUUCCGGAUGGUAUCGGGAUUGUGGUGGAGCGCGAUAGGAUCAUUGGGAAAAUGAUAUAUGGGACGCCUGCUUGUAGGUGCUGUCAGUCUGAGUUUGUUAAACUAGGCUCAGCAAAUCUUUAG